CCUCCAUAAAGUGGUUUCUAUAAUGCUUGUAGAUCUCCAGGAUACCUUGCAGCCUCCUCCCCUACCCCACUCUUAACCCUACCUGACAGGAACCCUGCAAAUUCGGUGAGCUUUCCCCAGGCCAGGGGGCAUCUGCACAGCAUGUCGCUUUGGCCAGGUGGGAGCAGAGUGACUGCAAUACUCCCAAGAGGAAGAAGAAGCUGGGCAUGGACUUCAGAAAGGACUGGUCUUCGCAGGAUUCCCUGUCCUCCGAGUCUUCGCAGGAUUCCCUGUCCUCCGAGUCUUCGCAGGAUUCCCUGUUCUCCGAGUCUUCGCAGGAUUCCAUGUCCUCCGAGUCCGCAGAUUCAGGUGUGGGCCCCAAUUCCCCUGUCGAGUCGGACGCUGAGAUGUUUGAAUACAUGUUUGAGAAGGAUGCGGUGGAGUUGCGCAGAGUCUCCCGCCGUGAGUCUUUUCCCUUCCGAAGGAUCCAGUCCUUGCCGGACAGCCUCCUGAGCGCCAGUCCCAUGCUGAGGACCAUUUCGAAUUCCAGGGAAUUCAAUAGCCCCACGGCCUUCGAGAGGGACUCGGGGCUCAAAGACAAAGCGGAGAAAGAGGGGGCCGUCUUCAAGAAGCCACUGCGCCCGACGAGCCGGCCGCACUUCUCCCCAUGUGGUCCCGGGGAGAAGGACCCCUUCGCACAAAGACCCAGCUCUGCUCCAGACCUCGUGUGCGGCAGCCCUGAAAAGGAGAACAUGGGCCCCGACUCCAGAAGCCUCCUGUGCCCCCGCCGCUGUUCUUUCACCUCUGUGGCUGACGGAGACGACGACGGAUUCAUGGAAAUCCUCGAUGAAGAGAAGCUGAACGCUGACGCGGACGUCCCCUUGAGCAUGGAGAACUUGCUGAUGGCUCCUCUGGUGAGAAAGGAAGACGAAUCUCAUCUGACCCCCGUGGGCACAGGGAAAUGCCGCCGCCUUUUCCGCUCGCCAUCCCUGCCCAGCAGCGUGAUCCGGCCCCUGCUGAAGCGGCUGGACCGGCCCCAGGACCGGGAGACGCCGGUGAAAACCAAGCGGCGGAAGAGUCUGACCGGCAGCACCAUCGCCGAGAAGGAGGAGGAGCCGAAGCCGCGGCUGGUUCGCUCCCGGUCCUGCUGCCCCAGUGAGAUCGCGAACAUCCUGGACAAUGACCACAGGGAGCUGAUCGGAGACUUCUCAAAGGCUUACCUGCUGCAAACCGUGGAGGGGAAGCACCAGGAUCUGAAGUACAUCUCUCCGGAAAUGAUGGUGGCCGUGCUGAGCGGGGAGUUCAGCAACAUCAUCGAAAACUGCGUGAUCGUGGACUGCCGGUACCCGUACGAGUACGAAGGAGGGCACAUCAAGGGUGCGGUUAACCUUCCUCUGGAGAAAGACGUGGAGGAUUACCUGCUCAAAGAGCCGAUCGUGCCCUUCGAUGCCGCCAAGCGGGUGAUCGUGGUCUUCCACUGCGAGUUCUCCUCUGAGAGGGGCCCCAGGAUGUGCCGCUUUGUACGGGAAAAGGACCGGGCCUGCAACGACUACCCGUAUCUUCACUAUCCUGAACUGUACGUCUUGAAAGGGGGCUACAAAGAGUUCUUCCCGCAAUAUCGAAUGCACUGUGAGCCGCAGAACUAUCGCCCGAUGCACCACCAGGACUUCAAGGAGGACCUGCGCACCUUCCGUCUGAAGAGCCGCACCUGGGCCGGGGAGAGGAGCAAGCGAGAGCUCUACAGCCGCCUGCACCACUGCUGAGGGGCGGGUGCCGGGGGGGACACUGCCUGGAACCAGUGUGCGCGCGCCCCCCUCCCGGGCAGGAUCCACGCAAGGCCUCCU